AGUGUCCGGACUGGAAGGGGGGGAAAGCAUUCGGACUGGAAGGGGGGGAAGCGUUCGGACUGGAAGGGGGGGGGAAAGUGUCCGGACUGGAAGGGGGUGAAAGUGUCCGGACUGGAAGGGGGGGGGAAGUGUCCGGACUGGAAGGGGGGGAAAGUGUCCGGACUGGAAGGGGGUGAAAGCGUCUGGACUGGAAGGGGGGGAAAGUGUCCGGACUGGAAGGGGGUGAAAGCGUCUGGACUGGAAGGGGGUGAAAGUGUCCGGAUUGGAAGGGGGGGAAAGUGUCCGGACUGGAGGGGGGGGAAAGCGUCCGGA